GCGAGCGCCGUCUUUUCGAAAGACUCGCGAAAGCGAAUCGCUAGGCCUAUGCCGCUGGUGUUGGGGACUACAUGCGCUAUAGGCGCUGGCCUGCUGGGGACGCUGGCUGCUUCCUCAGCCAAGCUGGCUUUGGACGAUGAUUACUUGAGGGCUACUUGCCAAGCCGUCCUCGGAGAAGAAGAGAUCACCGGGGAAGCCUGUAUCUGGGUAUCCAUAAUACUUCGAAUAGUUUGUGGUGGUCUAGUAUUUGUGUGCAAUGCCAUAAUGUGGACUUCCUUUGCUAAAGCUUUAAGAUAUUCCUCCUCCUCAGCUACAGUAACUGUAACAACAACAACAUCCAACUUCAUCUUUUCAGCCUUUUUAGGAAGGUUGUUGUUUGGAGAAAUAGAUGACCUGUUAUGGUGGACUGGAAUAUCCAUUUCUCUCCUUGGACUUCUGUUACUUCACACCACACCAUCUCUACUAGAACAGCAAAUCUGUCUGAAGAAGAAAAAGAAAUAGAAUGCAAUAGGCUUUUAAUACAUAAUACAGGAAAGGAAUAAACAAAUAAAACAGAAGUCCAGGUUUGGUGGAAAUACAGAAUUGCCAUGAUGUUCUUAUAGUAGAUAUUGUUGUGCUGGAUAUCAAAAUACUUUAAUCACACUGAACUCCUGCAAAAAGGACCAUAAACAGAAUUUUGGAAAAAAGGACAGCCAUCAAUUAUCCGUGACAUUUGAGGAUAUUUGGUGAAUAAUUAUCACACAAUUUACCAUGACCAAUUGGAAUAAAAGAUCUUUCACAAUUCUUAAGAACGAUAUGGUACUAAAUGCAAUAGGUUUCCCUUUUUCUAUGUUAAGCUGAAUAAUCACAAAGAGAGAGUAAGAAAUAAAUUGAUUUAUUCUUUUCAUAUUACAAAAUUGUACAUUGUAUGCUGAUGGUGUUGACAGUGUGGUAUCUAUGAUAAUGCAGAUUACCAAAAUAUAUAUCAAAUACAAAAUUUAAAAAUAUAUCAAUAAAAAUAUAAAUAUGAUGACA